CUCGACGAAGCUAAAUUUCAGAGAGAGGGAGAGCGAAGCGAUUGUCGGUUGGAGAGUAGGAGAUCUUGUGGGCGGCGCAGAAUCCUCACUCGUUCCCCCUUUCUUCUUUCCCUUUUUUUCUUCCCAUUUUUUUUCCUUUUUUUGGGGUAUUUAUUUUGAUUUUGAACUCAUAAUCCCCUCUCAAUCUCUCUCUUUGGAAUUCUAGAUCGCAGUAAAAGAUCAAACGGUGAUUUCUUUUAAGAGAAUACUCGCCCAGAUCGGACGAGCUUGAGCGGUUUGUUUUGGCGACAAGCGCUUUCUCAUUCUUAUCUCGUUUCAGUCUUAAUCGGUUCGAUCCGUUCUUUACUUUGACCUAAGCGAUGGCUGCGGUCUCAGGCCAAACCUUUAAGCUUCGAAGCGAUUCUGUGGCUCUGCCGUCGUCUUUGCAUCGGAAUCAGUCGGCGGGUUAUCGGAGAUGGAGGACGGCGAGGUGCGCUGUUCCGAGACGAUCGCAUGCGGUUCAUUUGGAGGGCAGAUUUCUCGGGGAGAGUCUACGGGCGUCGGAGAGGGUCCAUUUGUGGAAGACCGAUGGCCCCGGCCGAUCUCCCAAGUUGAGGUUCGUUGGCCCCAUCAUGUCCUUGUCUCAGGUGCCGGAGAAGCCGCUCGGCCUCUACGAUCCUUCUUUUGAUAAGGAUUCUUGUGGAGUUGGCUUUGUUGCUGAACUCUCCGGCGAGUAUAAUCGGAAAACUGUGAGCGAUGCAAUUGAGAUGUUAGUUCGGAUGACCCAUCGGGGUGCAUGCGGUUGCGAGGUCAAUACUGGUGAUGGAGCUGGUAUCCUUGUUGCUCUUCCGCACGACUUCUACAAAGAGGUGGUAAAAGAUUUGGGCUUUGAAUUGCCACCUCCUGGGCAGUAUGCAGUUGGCAUGUUCUUCUUGCCAACUGAUCUAAGUCGACGGGAACAAAGCAAAGUUGUGUUUACGAAGGUUGCUGAAUCCUUGGGGCAUGAUGUUCUUGGGUGGCGCCCAGUACCAACAGAUAAUACUGAUUUGGGCAAGUCAGCUAUUCAAACAGAACCAGUUAUUGAACAAGUAUUCCUUACGCCAACUCCGAGAUCUAGUGCUGAUUUUGAGCAGCAGAUGUACAUACUAAGAAGGGUGUCUAUGGUUGCUAUUCGAGCUGCUUUAAACUUGCAGCAUGGUGCAGUGAAAGACUUCUACAUAUGCUCGCUGUCUUCAAGGACUGUUGUUUACAAAGGACAACUGAAGCCAGUUCAGUUGAAGAAUUACUAUUAUGCUGAUCUUGGUGAUGAAAGGUUCACAAGUUAUAUGGCACUGGUACACUCUAGGUUCUCAACAAAUACCUUUCCUAGCUGGGAUCGUGCUCAGCCCAUGCGCAUCUUGGGUCACAAUGGAGAGAUUAACACACUUCGAGGCAAUGUUAACUGGAUGAAGGCGCGUGAGGGUCUUCUAAAGUGCAAAGAGCUGGGAUUGUCAAAGGAUGAGAUGAAGAAACUUUUACCCAUUGUUGAUGCUAGCUCUUCUGAUUCUGGGGCCUUUGAUGGCGUCCUUGAGCUUUUGGUUCGAGCUGGUAGAAGCCUUCCGGAAGCUGUAAUGAUGAUGAUUCCGGAGGCAUGGCAGAAUGAUAAGAACAUGGAUCCAGAAAGGAAAGCGCUAUAUGAAUAUUUCUCAGCUCUGAUGGAACCAUGGGAUGGACCUGCACUUAUAUCAUUUACUGAUGGCCGCUAUCUUGGAGCAACAUUGGAUCGUAAUGGAUUGAGGCCUGGUCGUUAUUACAUUACACACAGUGGGCGGGUUAUCAUGGCAAGUGAAGUGGGUGUUGUAGAUGUUGCUCCGGAUGACGUGUCCCGGAAAGGAAGACUGAACCCUGGAAUGAUGUUACUGGUUGACUUUGAGAACCAUAAGGUUGUUGAUGAUGAGGCUUUGAAAAAGCAGUAUUCACUAGCAAGACCAUAUGGAGAGUGGCUCAAAAGGCAGAAGAUAUCUCUCAAAGAUGUCGUUGAAUCUGUUCCCGAAGCUGAUAGGGUUCCUCCAACCAUAUUUGGAACAGUUGCUGCUCAUAAUCAUGAUGAUGACAUGGAAAACGUGGGGAUUCAUGGAAUUUUGGCUCCUUUGAAGGCAUUCGGUUACACAGUGGAAGCAUUGGAAAUGAUGCUGCUUCCUAUGGCAAAAGAUGCCACUGAAGCCCUUGGGUCGAUGGGAAAUGAUGCUCCUUUGGCUGUAAUGUCCAACAGGGAGAAACUUACGUUUGAAUAUUUCAAACAAAUGUUUGCACAAGUCACAAAUCCCCCCAUUGAUCCAAUACGAGAGAAAAUUGUCACAUCUAUGGAAUGUAUGAUAGGGCCAGAAGGGGAUCUGACUGAAACCACUGAGGAGCAAUGCCAUCGCCUCACAUUAAAAGGACCUCUUCUAUCUGUUGAAGAAAUGGAAGCUAUUAAAAAAAUGGAUUAUAGAUAUUGGCGCAGCAAAGUGGUUGACAUCACUUACUCCAAAAAGCGUGGCAGGAAGGGAUUAGAGGAGGCUCUUGAUAGGAUCUGCUCUGAAGCUCGUGAUGCUAUUCGCGAGGGCUAUACAACAUUGGUACUUUCUGAUAGAGGUUUUUCCUCUGAGCUUGUUGCUGUGAGCUCGCUCUUGGCAGUUGGUGCUGUUCAUCAGCAUCUAGUGUCCAAACUUGAGAGAACAAGGAUUGGGUUGGUUAUAGAGUCUGCAGAGCCUCGGGAAGUGCAUCAUUUCUGUACUCUUAUUGGAUUUGGGGCAGAUGCUAUUUGUCCAUAUCUGGCUCUGGAAACCAUCUGGCGGUUACAGAUUGAUGGGAAGAUCCCUCCUAAAAGAGAUGGUAGUUUUCAUACGCGAGAUGAACUUGUCAAAAAAUACUUCAAAGCAAGCAACUAUGGCAUGAUGAAGGUUCUUGCCAAAAUGGGUAUAUCUACUCUAGCCUCUUACAAAGGUGCACAGAUUUUUGAAGCUUUGGGCCUUUCUUCUGAGGUUAUCCAGAAAUGUUUUAGUGGCACGCCAAGCAGAGUUGAUGGAGCCAAUUUUGAAAUGCUUGCUCGGGAUGCACUUCGUCUUCAUGAGUUGGCAUUCCCUAAAAGGGCUUUACCACCUGGAAGUGCUGAAGCUACAGCACUGCCUAAUCCUGGUGAUUAUCAUUGGAGGAAGGGAGGUGAGAUACAUCUCAAUGAUCCUCUUGCUAUUGCAAAACUCCAAGAAGCAGCUAGGCAGAACAGUGUGGCUGCAUAUAAAGAAUAUUCCAGACGUAUUCAAGAGCUGAACAAGAGCUGCAAUUUGAGGGGGAUGUUAAAGUUUAGAGAUGUUGCAGAGAAGAUUUCUUUAGAUGAAGUAGAGCCUGCCGGUGAGAUUGUGAAGCGAUUCGUUACUGGUGCCAUGAGUUAUGGAUCAAUAUCAUUAGAAGCACACACUACUCUUGCUAUGGCAAUGAACAAACUUGGGGGGAAAUCUAAUACUGGUGAGGGAGGAGAGCAACCUUCGCGUAUGGAUCCUCUCCCUGAUGGUUCAAUGAAUCCAAAGAGGAGUGCAAUUAAACAAGUUGCAAGUGGAAGAUUUGGAGUUUCAAGCUACUACCUUACCAAUGCGGAUGAACUUCAAAUAAAGAUGGCACAGGGAGCUAAGCCUGGAGAAGGAGGUGAACUGCCGGGUCAUAAGGUUAUUGGUGAUAUUGCAGUCACUAGAAAUUCUACUGCAGGUGUAGGGCUCAUCAGUCCUCCCCCUCAUCACGACAUAUAUUCAAUUGAGGACCUUGCUCAGUUAAUUUACGAUCUUAAGAACUCAAACCCAGGUGCACGAAUCAGUGUUAAGCUUGUAUCUGAGGCUGGUGUUGGAGUAGUUGCCAGUGGGGUUGUAAAAGGACAUGCUGAUCAUGUCUUGAUCUCUGGUCAUGAUGGAGGUACUGGAGCUUCUCGCUGGACUGGUAUUAAAAACGCAGGCCUUCCCUGGGAGCUUGGGUUGGCAGAGACACAUCAAACAUUAGUCGCAAAUGAUCUACGUGGUCGUGCUACUGUUCAAACCGAUGGUCAGUUAAAAACUGGACGAGAUGUUGCUAUUGCUGCUUUACUUGGUGCAGAAGAGUUUGGUUUUAGCACUGCCCCUCUUAUCACUCUCGGUUGCAUUAUGAUGCGAAAAUGCCACAAAAACACUUGUCCAGUUGGAAUUGCUACUCAGGACCCUGUGCUUCGGGAGAAAUUUGCUGGAGAACCGGAGCAUGUCAUAAACUUUUUCUUCAUGCUGGCUGAGGAAGUUCGUGAGAUCAUGGCUCAGUUGGGAUUCCGCACUAUUAAUGAGAUGGUUGGUCGUUCAGAUAUGUUGGAAGUUGAUCCAGAAGUAGUUAAGAGUAAUGAGAAAUUGGAGAACAUUGAUCUCAGUUUACUACUUAGACCUGCAGCUGAGAUCCGGCCAGAAGCAGCGCAGUAUUGCGUCCAAAAACAAGAUCAUGGUCUUGACAUGGCAUUAGACCAGGAGUUGAUACAUUCAUCCAAAGCAGCUCUAGAAAAGGGCCUUCCUGUUUAUGUUGAGACGCCUGUUAGAAAUGUGAAUCGUGCUGUAGGUACUAUGCUCAGUCAUGAAGUUACCAAGCGCUAUCAUAUGAAUGGGCUUCCUUCUGAUACCAUUCAUAUAAAACUAACUGGAAGUGCUGGACAGAGUCUUGGAGCUUUUCUAUGCCCUGGAAUUACUCUUGAACUUGAAGGAGACAGCAAUGACUAUGUUGGUAAAGGGUUAUCUGGUGGCAAGGUUGUAGUUUAUCCUCCAAGAGAAAGUCAAUUUGAUCCUAAGGAAAACAUUGUCAUUGGUAAUGUUGCUUUAUAUGGUGCAACAAAUGGAGAGGCUUAUUUCAAUGGUAUGGCAGCAGAGAGGUUUUGCGUGCGAAACUCAGGUGCUAAAGCAGUUGUAGAAGGUGUCGGCGAUCACGGAUGUGAGUACAUGACUGGUGGUACUGUUGUUAUACUUGGAAAAACUGGGCGCAAUUUUGCUGCUGGAAUGAGCGGUGGAGUUGCUUACGUCUUUGAUGUUGAUGGGAAAUUCCAUUCUCGAUGCAAUGGAGAACUGGUCGAUCUUGAUAAAGUAGAGGAGGAUGAGGAUGUUACUACAUUGAAAAUGUUGAUACAACAGCACCAACGUCAUACUAGCAGUGUUUUAGCAAAAGAGAUCCUCUCCGAUUUUGACAAUUUGGUUUCAAAGUUUGUGAAGGUAUUUCCACGAGAUUAUAAGAGAAUUCUCAAGAACAUGAAGGUUGAGAAAGCUGCGAAAGAGGCAAAGAAGCUAGAAGAGGCAGAGUUGAUGAAAAAGGAUGCGUUUGAAGAGCUUAAGAAGUUAUCAGCUUCAAAUGAGAAAGCCAGUCUGAAUGUGGAACAUUCAACUGUAGCACAGAGGCCAACCGAAGUUCCUAAUGCUGUAAAGCAUCGUGGAUUUAUUGCUUACGAAAGACAGAGCGUUUUGUAUAGGGACCCUAAUGCUCGAAUUAAUGAUUGGAAAGAAGUUGCUGUGGAGUCGAAGCCUGGACCUCUUUUGAAAACCCAGUCCGCGCGCUGCAUGGACUGUGGAACCCCAUUUUGCCAUCAGGAUAAUUCUGGAUGCCCUCUUGGAAAUAAGAUACCAGAAUUCAACGAACUGGUCCAUCAAAAUAGGUGGCGUGAAGCUUUGGAUAGGCUUCUUGAGACUAACAACUUCCCAGAGUUCACUGGCCGUGUCUGCCCUGCUCCUUGUGAAGGUUCAUGUGUUCUUGGCAUCAUAGAGAAUCCCGUGUCAAUCAAAAGCAUCGAAUGCUCUAUUAUUGACAAAGCCUUUGAAGAAGGAUGGAUGGUACCUCGACCACCCACCCAUAGGACAGGGAAAAAAGUCGCCAUAGUUGGUAGUGGUCCAGCUGGUCUAGCUGCUGCUGAUCAACUAAAUAAGAUGGGGCAUUUUGUCACAGUUUAUGAGCGUGCUGACCGCAUUGGAGGCUUAAUGAUGUACGGAGUUCCAAACAUGAAGGCUGACAAGACUGAUAUUGUUCAGCGACGUGUUGACCUCAUGGCUAAGGAAGGUGUCAAAUUUGUGGUGAAUGCUCAUGUAGGCAAAGAUUCUGACUACUCUCUUGACCUUCUUCGCUCAGAGAACAAUGCAGUUGUUUUGGCUUGCGGUGCUACAAAACCAAGAGAUCUGCCUGUUCCUGGGCGUGAAUUUUCUGGUGUCCACUUUGCUAUGGAGUUUCUCCAUGCAAACACCAAGAGCUUGCUCGACAGCAAUCUAGAGGAUGGUAAAUAUAUAUCUGCCAAGGGAAAAAAGGUGGUUGUUAUUGGUGGAGGAGAUACAGGAACAGAUUGCAUAGGAACAUCCAUCCGACACGGAUGUACCAAUGUUGUUAACCUCGAGCUCCUUCCUGAGCCACCUCGAACAAGAGCUCCGGGCAACCCAUGGCCUCAGUGGCCUCGGAUAUUCCGAGUGGACUAUGGACACCAAGAAGCUGCGGCCAAGUUUGGAAAGGAUCCAAGAUCAUAUGAAGUCCUGACCAAGCGUUUCAUUGGAGACGAAAAUGGAGCAGUGAAAGGCCUUGAAGUUGUACGCUUAAAGUGGGCAAAGGACAGCAGUGGAAGGUUCCAGUUUGAGGAAAUCAAGGGAUCUGAAGAAAUUAUAGAAGCUGAUAUUGUUCUUCUGGCCAUGGGAUUCCUUGGUCCUGAAUCGACAAUUCCGGAUCAAUUGGGUUUGGAGAAAGACCAGCGAUCUAACUUCAAAGCAGAGUAUGGGAGAUUCUCAACCAACAUAGACGGAGUAUUUGCUGCAGGAGACUGCCGGCGUGGUCAGUCUCUGGUCGUAUGGGCCAUUUCAGAAGGCCGACAAGCAGCAGCUCAGGUCGACAAGUUCUUAAUAAAAGACGAAGACAAUGCUGACAACCAAGGUGAUGAUGUUCUCAGUAAUCUCGAUAACAAGCAUAGAGUAGCUGCAUAGAAGGAAAUAAUUCCCGAGAAACCAUAUAUAUAGCAUUAUAUACAGUAGAAAAUGGACGUAUAUGAUGGCUUGAAGCUAACUUGAAGGGUUGGUUGGUGAUAUGGCAAGUGGGGAGAGUAGUUUUUGUUGAUGUUGAGUUUUGGAAUUUUUUUUUUUGUUUAUUUCUCAAGGAUCAGCCGUCUCCUUUCUUCAAUGUUGCGAGGUCUCCCUUGUGCAUUUUUUGGUUGUAGUCUAAAGUUUCGCCGUAGUUGUGGUCAAGUGUGUUAAAUAAUGUACAGUUUUUCUUUUUUUGGGAAAUAAAAUGAUUACUUUGUGGUUGAAUGCA